AUGGAGCGCGUGCUCGGCCCCCGGCCCACCCUACGGACGCGCUCGGAUCGGCGAACUCACGCUGGGGCGGCCGGGGUGCGCGGUGCAGACCGGAGCAAGGAGGCCGGAGCCGAGGCUCGGCGGGCGGUCCCGGCGCGGCAGGCGGGGCGGGGCGGGGCAGGGCGAGGGGGCGGUGCCCGGGAGGCUCCUCCCCGCCCGCCGCACCUGGGGCGGGGCCGGGCUCCUGCGGGGUGCAAAGCCCGCCCCCCCGGGAGGCGGGGCCUCUCGGCCGGCGGGUGUCCUGGCCGAAACCGGCUCCCCAGGGUUCUCCGAGGGUCGUUUCGGAGCGAGAGGGAGCCCCGCAAAGUUGCUGUCACAGUUGGUGAGGAAAGCACACGCCAAGUCUCCAAUAAGUCAGACUCGGGGCGAAGAAUCCCCCAACACAACGUAACCCCCGGCCGAGGCUCUGCUUUGGCCCCGCGUGGAACCGGGCCCCCUCCCCUCCGGUCCUGGGGUGCGGCGCCGGAGAACCGAGGCUGCCGUGUCCCCGCCUCAGGGCGGCUCCUGAGUUGA